CUGAAAGACAGUCGGAGCAGAGGGGAGUGUGUUCUACUGACAAACUGUGGACAACCAGCCAGCAGCAAAAUUAGACAUCCAUCAGUGUUACACACCGAGACAUCUUGAGACAGAGGAGCAUGGACACAGAGAGAACGAUGCUAAUAUUCACUCUGCUUUUGACAACUGUUUGCAGUCCUGUGUUUAGUGGAGAAUGGAAGGCUACUGUUGUUAAAGACCUUGAAGCUCUCGUUACCUCCUGUGUGGUGGUGCCCUGUUCGUUCACCCAUAGUGGAGGAUCACUUCCGACCUCCAGACUCAGAGGACUCUGGCAUAGGUCAGACAAAGGAGAUCAAGUGAUCUAUAACGAGGAUCAGACAAAGGUCUUGGACAACUUUAAAGGCCGAACACAACUGUUGGGACAACUGGGUGAAAACAACUGCACCUUGGAAAUAACUGAUAUGAAAGAUCAUGACAACGGUCCUUUCUGUUUCCGAGUUGAAGUAGUGCGUACAGAGAGCAAUGAUCCCACCCCUGACAAGUUCUCCUUUGUUGAGGACUGUGUCCAGUUCAAAAUGCUCCAUGAUGCUCCAAAACCUGUCCUGACACCACCAAAGUCAGGCAUUGAAGGUCACCCCUACACUAUCAUUUGCUCAGUCACACACACCUGUCCCUCCCAUGUGCCUAAAUUCACAUGGAACCGGGGCAAUGGAGAAGAGGUCACUGAGAUUCAUAAACAACUCUAUCCUGGAACCUGGGAGGCAACGUCCACCUUAACAUUUCUGGCAGAGGCCAAGGACGACUACACUGACCUCACCUGCUCAGCUGAAUUUUAUGGAUGGAAGAAAUCCUCCUCAACUGUGACAGUCUAUGUAAAACGUUCUGAAAACUACAAUCACAUCAUCAUUCCUGUUGCAGUGGGGAUUGGCACUGCUGUGAUCUUUGGUCUCCUCUGUGUUUUCAUGGUGAAGAAAUACAAGAAACGUAUUGCAGAGCUCCAAAAUCAAGAGGGCACCAUGUUGAACCGCCUUCACAGACUGUCUCAAAGGGCCAGAUUCUGAAGAUGAGAAGUGAAGAAACAAGUUUCACUAAAAUAUGCAGUCCAACGACACCAAGAAAAGGAGCUCAAAGUCAUUGUUAUCUGAGUCCUAUAUGUGCCUUUUAAAGUAGGAAUCAAAUUACAAGAAGGAAAUAGACCCAUGGACGAGGAUUGGGGAUUCUUUUGAGCGAUUUGUUUGACAAGCUUGCUUUUUAAAUUAGUUUGCUUUCAUUCACUUAUCAGCUUGAGCAAGAAAAAAACAAGAUACAAUUCUUGAAGAUAAGUUUUAAAACAUCAGUAAAAUGCAUGUUACUUAGUUAGCAUGUCACUACUGGAUAAUCGUUAUGCUUUGUUUUCUUUGAUGAUAAUUAUAAACAGUGAUAACAGGGUGUGCUGUGUUGCGUGAAUGUGUGAUCUCGGCCCAAAAAGUUUCUGUUAAUACGCCUAUACUACAGAAGAAACUCAUUUACAUUUACUAACUCCUAUCUUUUCCUGUUUCCUGAACUGUUAUGCAAGUAUUGCUAUGCAAGUUCUUCUCUUUGUUCAUUAAAUUUGACUUGUGCUCA